AUGCCAAUCCGAGCAUGCGAUAUACCAAACAGCAGCGUUCGAAAGAAAUAUGAGCAGUUUGGGGUGUGGGGGUAGAACGACAGACUAAGUGCUAUAUGCGACCUCAUUUGUUGCUGCAUCUAACAGUCCAAUAAUUUAAUAAUUUUAUGCAAUACCCAACCAAAUGGAACGGUCGUCGACAGCAGUGCCUUCCAGACGUAGUUUGGUUUAACAUAACCUUACUUUUCGCUAAACCCGGGUGAAUUCGCGAGGUUAUUUUUGUCGUUGACUGUACCGGGCAACUUUACCAAAAAACACAAAAACAAACAGAUUGCGACAGCCAAAGAAGAUAGAGUCGCAAAGCAAUGACAGCCUAAAAGGAACCGUCUACUUUGUAACUCUAAGUGGUGGUGCUCUCGAGAGAAAAAAAAAAUAAUCUGAGAUCGUAAAGUAAACCUUCGAGACAUAUCUUUUAAUAUAACGAAAUUUACUUUAGCAUCUGAAAGAACAUAUUAUCGAACAUAUGCAUUUAUGAGUCGCUAAUUAUCAUGUUAAGUUCAGGACUUUGAAGAAUUAAAGGAAAGUCAGCACAUAAAGCUGCCUGAAGCUAAAAGAAGCGUACUACAGCAGAAGGAUAAUUUGCCAAACCUCAAUGAAGUACCAUUUUCCCAGUUGUCAGGUCGUAAGCAAGAAAAAAAGGCAAACAGAAAUGUAACUAGUAAAGUAAGUAAUCUCUCAAAAUGAAAAACUAAUAAGGUUUAUAAAAUUAACGCAUUAAUAGCACCCUUACCAGCAAUUUUACACACAGCCCUGUCAGCAACAUUCGCCGGGCUUCGAGUUCCGGAACGAGACCUCGGCCUGCCAUGAAUCGGUGUCGUAGGCCUAGACAUAACGUACGGUUACUGCUGGCCACAACCUCUUCAUCUGUUUUUACAAAUUGACUGUGCAAGUACUUGGAACCCGACCAAAUCUUGGCUUCAGCAUCACAUCAGAAGACCAGAAAUUUCCACAUGCAAAUAAAAUUAUAAACAGCGCUUACGUUAGUCGCCAUAGACGCUUUAUCAAGCGUUAUACUUGAAUGUGUGUGACAUCGGUACCUUGUGAAAUCAAGGCAGGUUAUAAGGUAAAGAAACUUCACGCCACUAAAUGAAAACAAUUAAAAGGGAUGGCAGAAUUUUCCUCUCCACCGAUAAACCACCAUGUUUCCCUCUCUUCGCUGUCGCUUUGAAUAUUCAUCUCGUUCCUGAAAGUUGCAUGUGAUUGGUUCAGUCAGCGAUUUGUAGCAAAGCGCGUGACACAUGUGUUUUUGGCGCGUAAUUCUUGUUGCUCAGUAAUUAAUAUUGAUUGUAUUUUGGGGUUUGUGAUCUUUCGACAGUUUUUUAGCCACUGGAACUAUGCGGUAAAGUACUCACAGUUUGUCACCUAUCGAAUCAUAAGUAGUAAAAGAUCGCUAUAUUCUCAACCAGGUUCGAUUGUUGAUGCUUCACGCAACGUCAACUGAUGCCUUGAGGGCAUUACCAUAAUAGGAAUAAUUACUGUAAAAUGCCAUACAAUAAAGGCAAAUUUUGUCAGAAUAUACUAGAUGAAAACUGAAUAAAGGACAUUUUACAAAGUUUCUUUUUGAAAUUUGGAUUAAAUGAAACACUAGGCAUUUGGCUAAUUCUCUAUUAAAAUAACGUGUAAUUAAUACAUAAGACUUGAGUCUUCAUAUUGUGUGUUCAGUCACGCGAACAAACCAAAAGCACGUAUAUGUAAAACGAGAUCUCUCUUUUGCAAAUAAUCCAGCAUCCUCGGAGACCUCGGGGCAGCUAAUCGGAUGGGGAUUUCAUAAGCAAAAGCCUUGAAAACUUUACUUGAAUCAAUUUUGACCGCGAAUACUUAACGCAACCUAAACAGCUGUACUGGGUUACCGAGGAGUAUCGUUUACAUUUUUUAACACUGCUUCCUUAAAAAAAAUCCUGGGAAAAUGUGCGAUUUUGGUCAGACAGGUAAAAAGAACCGAAAAAGAAAAACGAAAGCUGCAUCACAGAAUCCCAAAAACUACAGAAAAUCAUUUCCGGAUUCCGGGUUGGUUCAGUCAAUGACGUGCGUAUAAACGGUAUAGAUUACCGCAUACCGUCUCGGAUCAUGUCUCUCAGUGCCCCACUGACGCCCCACUGAAAGAAAUGGACUGGACCCAGGACUCUGGACUCGUCACCAGAUGAAAAGGACACCAAAGUUUUGGGAGACUAUUUCGCAUAAAGUGGCAAUUAAAAGGUUCCCUCACCUAUCAACUUAAAACAAACAAUCCUGUGCAUCUCAAACUAGCCAAGAACAAACAUGUCUCUCUGAUUCCCCAUGCCUGGGCGAGUCUUUCAAGGCUCGGUUAGUUGUAAUCCUGGAUUAAGCAGGAUUUUUUUCCUGGGAACACAGCCGUCUCUUCCUGAAACAAAGAAUAUGAGUUGUCAUGGUGACUAAACCUCAGUGGGUAACUGGGGCGUAGCGUUGCCAUUUUGGCAAGUACGUACACACAACCAUAUUCGUAACAAAUAACGUUUUAGCUGUCCUUUAAUAGUUACAACUUUUAGCAGAUUACAGUCUUGUUUACGAUAGAACGUGGUAUUAAAAAAAGCUUUUAAAACGUUUUUCUUAGAGCUGGUACUGGAAUUAGAAAGUUUUCAUGCACAAGGCGCCUCCCCUAAAUAAACUUCCAAAGCGCUGAAUAUACAUGUACUUCACAAGAAAUUCAAAUAAGAUGUUUCGUUCAAUUGCUAAAUGUUUGGAAUGAAACAUAAGUUCUAUUGUAGCUCAAGAAAAAUGACCACUUAAAGUGCAGAAAUUUGGAGUUUAAAGCAUCGGGUGGAUGAAUUUCGGCGUGUGCGUGAUUGUGUAAAUUUUCCGCAACCUCAGUCCUCUGCUGACUUUUGUGUUUCUCCUUUAUUUCGAUCAUGAAAUUGAUUGUGGAAAAGAUCAUUAUAGUAAGGGUUUUAGUAUUUAUUUAUUUAUUUGCAGUUGUUCUGAAUAUCUCUACUGUUUUUCAUUGAAAACUAUUCCACAUCUGUUGAGUGCAAAUUUCCUGCAAUAUUCUUGUUGAUCAACCUCGUCCCCAGGGCUUUUCCCUCAAAAAAGUUUUUGAGGGAAAAGCCCUGGGGACGAGGUUGCUUUUUGACACCUGGCAAAGUACUAUUGAGGGGUGGGAGGUGAGUAAGCAUUAGUGCUAAGGGAAGAGGGCUGACUGGGGUGAACGCAGGUACAUGGAGGUGAUCAGUGAGGGUAUGUGGGGAAGAGGGUGAUUAUAAGCCGUUUCGGUAAAGGUCAGCUGGUUUCAACUAACUGACAACUGUUGAUGGUAAAAUACAACUGGGCCUUCCCACAACGACAACUUUAGGGACAGAGGUACUGAAGUGGUCACUGUGGAGAGAAUAAGGCCACCUCCACACGCAGCCGCAAAAAGGCCAAUAAUUGUAAAACCGCUUUCUUUAAUGAUAGUACUGUACGUGAGGCUUUCUCUUUACUGGCUGUUUUGAAAGUUAGGAAGCGUGGCCGGGUGGUUAGAGCGCUGGACUUGUAAUUCCGAAGUCCCACUCUGACCGCUACCUGGAUUUGUUCACAGUAGUCCCGAGUUCAAAUCCUCGGCGAUGCUUGUAAAUAGCAAGCUGAUUUGCCUCCGGCCGGUUGGGAUUCAGUUAAAUUCAAUUUGAAUUAUUUGUUUCAGAUAUUUGCUGGGCCCCACUAGCAUUAGUGCUACAAAUACUGCCGAGGGUAAAUAACGGAAUUAUAUAAUAUAUGUUAUAUAUUUUGGUUUUUCUUAAUAAAGGGCGGGGAUGCCGUACAGAGUAGAGUAGUAGCUCAGAGCUGAUCCACUCUGAAGAUGUUAUCAAGACUUCAAAAGGAGGCUCUCAGGAUCGUGUCAUGUUCCUAUUUGAUCAUCAACUUGUGUACUGCAAAAAGGUAAAAACGAAAAAAAGAAAGAAAGAAAUAGCUUAGGGAAAUGUACGGGUUAAGAAAUUUUCUCGGUGUGUUCUGGCUUGCAGCUAGCGAGCUACGGUGGCUCUUGGAGGAUUUUGUCGAGCUAUAACUCUGUGGUAAAUGAAUGGACGGCUGCUAUGUCCGCCGUAAUAUCUUGAAUUUCUAUCUAGUCUUCCUUUAAAUCCUAAAGCAAAAAUGGUCUCUUACGCGCUACGGCGCUAUUACUGCUUAUUCUAACUCAUGAAGAUCAGUAUUCCCUUAUCCCCUACAUCAAACCGGCCCACGCGCACAUGAACAAAAUGUUACAAUUCUCUUUCAGGAUAUAUUAAAGAAAAAUGGCGUAACGUACAAAGGGAGAAUUGACAUGGACGACUGCACUGUGAUUUGGCUUAGAGAUGGAGAAGGUACAACUACUUUAAUUUAUUUCUUGUUUUCAUCUCAAACAAAUUCUGUGGCUUGACCAUGGGACGAAAAAUACUUACUCCGGCAGCAAAUUAAUGCAAGACCAUGUAUGAACCUUUUUUCGGAGGACUCGAAAAAAAAAAUCAGUUAGAGUUACUACAGUACCUUUUUGUGGCUGCAGACGUGAUCUUGGAAGUGUGGUAUUACGUGCGCAACCUAGAUGGUAGUUACGACAAGCUCGCUCGGUUGCCAGGGUUUUUCCUUCUUCCGGCCCUGUGAUUCUCGUUCUCGCUUUAAUAGGGGACGAAAGGAGAGGAUCACUUGGAAGGGAAACGAACUGAACGAGGCACAGUGUUGUAAUUAGCAAUUUGCAGGCGUAAUUGCCUCACUAACGGAAGGAAUAAGAAGACAAGCUGAUCCCUUUUUUGUUUUUAGAAACGCUGGACAGAUCACCCCUUAACAACGCUUGA